UCGUUCGGCCAUCUGCCAAUGCAGCGUCUAAAGCCACGUCAUAUUUAGAUGCGUUAAGAGAUUGGUGCACUGUGCGGUUUUAUCCUUUGUGUGAAGGAAUUAGUGAUUAGUAAACGAAGAUAUGAACAUUUUUCGCCUUUUAGGUGACUUAUCGCACCUUUUAGCCAUUAUUAUAUUGCUAUUAAAAAUAUGGAAAACACGAAGUUGUGCCGGUAUCAGCGGAAAAUCGCAAAUAUUAUUUGCAAUAGUCUACACGACACGAUAUCUAGAUCUGGUAAACACAUACAUUUCAGCCUAUAACACUUUUAUGAAGAUUAUUUUUCUCUCAGCAUCGUAUACAACGGUUUAUCUAAUGUAUAUGAAAUUCAAAGCUACAUAUGAUCAUAAUCAUGAUACUUUCAGAAUUGAAUUUUUAGUUCUACCUACCUUUGUACUAGCUUUAUUGAUCAAUCAUGAACCAUCGGUUGUAGAAGUUUUAUGGACCUUUAGCAUUUAUUUGGAGUCUCUCGCAAUAUUACCACAAUUAUUUCUUGUUUCCAAAACAGGCGAAGCAGAGAGCAUUACCAGUCACUAUCUCUUUGCUUUAGGAUCCUAUAGAGGCUUAUAUUUAUUAAAUUGGGUUUACCGUUAUUAUGCAGAAGAUCAUUAUGAUUUGAUUGCAAUUGUUGCUGGCUUGGUUCAAACAGUUCUUUAUUGUGAUUUUUUCUACCUCUAUAUUACCAAAGUACUGAAAGGCAAAAAGCUACAGCUACCUGCUUAACUGGAUUUUAACAUACUUCUUUGAAAGUACAUCAAACUGCCUGUCAGUCACAACAUAAUCAUCAUUUGAAUUUUAUUAAGAGCUGGUUAUAUUUGACAGAACAGAAGUAUGCACACGCACACGAGUAUGUCUCCAAAUUUCCUGAAAUUCCGAGUUAUUCAUUAUUCAUUAUCACGCAUGAUCUAUGAUCAUUCUUUGUAGUAUUCAUGUUUUCUACAUUGUUAUUAAAUUUUAUAAGGCAUAAGAUUCUGCAUAAAAACGUAUUCUUGCGCAUCAAAACUGCAUUUGGCAGCUUUGUAUUAUAAAGAAGAGAUACUUAUGUGACAAUGUAUAGGUCCAUAUAAGAUAUAAAAGAAGUGAAGUUGGAUACUGGAUAGACCAGUCAGGAAAAUAGAAGUGUAACUAUUGUCUGUAACAUUUAAAUUGUUAUAACUUUUAUUAAUUAAAUAUGACUAUCAUAAUAUAGAAUAGUUUAGUUUAUUAUAAUUUAAAUAAACUAUAGGUGAUAUACAGGUAUUUUGUAAUUUACACCAGAGAAGUGUUUCUUGAAAAAUGAAGUGCAAAAUGGUUAUACUUUGCAUUGUAAAAUUACUAAAUUGGUAAAACGUAUUAUUUAAAUAAGCAGAAACUAAAAUAGAAUAAAGUUCAAAAUAAUUCUA